UCAUUACAGGAUGCUCUUGAUAAUAAUUCAUUUUUGAGGAAACCCACAACUGUCCAAUGUGGUGAUAUUGAGAACGAAUUAAAAAACUGCAACAACAUCCUGGAAGGUGAAGUAUAUAUGGGUGCACAGGAACAGUUUUAUUUUGAAACGCAGUCUGCUAUAGCCAUACCGAAAGAACAUGGUGAAAUGGAUGUGUAUUCCUCCACACAAUGUCCUACCGCUAUACAGGCGUCGAUUGCCGAUAUUAUUGGUGUUCCUUCCCACAAAGUGAGAUGCCUGCUCAAAAGAAUAGGCGGUGGGUUUGGUGGAAAAGAGACGCAAUGCGUAAAUGCUGUUGGAAUGGCUGCUACAGCUGGUAUUAAGUUUAAUUGUCCAGUGCGUUGUGUAUUAGAUAGAGAAGAUGAUAUGGUCACAACUGGAACCAGACAUCCUAUUUUGGCUAAAUAUAAGGUCGGAUUUUCAGAAGAUGGCAGACUACAUUGCUUGGAUAUCAACACAUAUUUCAAUUGUGGUGAUUCUCUAGAUCUUUCGGAACACAUGAUUUCUUCUAUAAAGGUGAUGAUGGUUGUACUAAACAAGGGCAAUAACUGUUACAAUAUUCCAAACUUCCGAACAACUGGUCAUCUAUGUAAAACAAAUAUCAGAUCUAAGACAGCUUUCAGAGGGUUUGGUCUUCCACAAGGAGUAUUUACCACUGAAACAGUGAUGCAACAUAUAGUUGAAUCCCAGGGUUGGGGUCCAUUAAAGAUUCUACAACUAAAUUUCUUUAAAGAAGGGGAUAGAGCACAUAUUGAUCAAAUUAUCAAGGGUUGUCAUGUUCAAGAUUGUUGGGAUGACUGUUUGAAACAGAGUAACUACAAAGAAAGAGAACAAGAAGUCAAAAGAUUUAAUAGAGAAAAUCGUUGGCGGAAGAGGGGUAUAUCUAUAAUGCCAAUGCAAUUUGGAAUUGGUUUCGGGAGAAUGAGCAUGAACCAGGGUGGGGCAUUCGUCAGUAUAUAUACUGACGGUUCAGUCUUGCUGGCUCACGGUGGAGUUGAAAUGGGACAAGGUAUCAACGUGAAAAUGAUUCAGGUAGCAAGUGGUACACUUGGAAUACCAACUAACAAGAUCCAUAUUAUAGAAACAGGAACGAACACAGUCCCGAAUACUAGUGCCACAGCAGCUAGUACCGGUACAGAUCUGAAUGGAAUGGCAGUUAAGGUGAGAUACGAAAUAUCCUGGACCCUAUUGAAAAUCAGAAAAGUUAUUGACCUUUAUAAAAAAGUUGACGGAAGCAAAUGGGAAGAUUGGAUAACUGAGGCACAUGAAGAUCGGGUCAGUCUCUCAGCUACGGGGUUUUAUAAAACACCGGACCUUGGAUAUGACCAAGAAACAGAUAGUUACAACACAUAUGAUUACUUUUCAUUUGGUGCUGGUUGUUCCGAGGUGGAGAUAGAUUGUUUAACUGGCGACCAUACUAUUUUGAGAACAGAUUUGGUAAUUGAUAUAGGAUUUAGUUUGAAUCCUGCUAUUGAUAUUGGUCAAGUUGAAGGUGCUUUUGUUCAGGGAUGUGGGUUGAUGAUGUUGGAGCAGUAUAAAGUAUCACAAUCUGGUAAUCUAUUAACUCGUGGACCAGGUACCUAUAAACUACCAUCAGUCGGUAACAUACCCAAAAUAUUCAACGUGUCCUUCCUUAAAGAUAAACCUAACCCAAGAGCUAUAUACUCAUCUAAGGCUAUUGGUGGACCACCAUUAUUGCUGGCAAUAUACGUUUUCUUUGCUACCAAAGCAGCCAUAUCGGCGACAAGAACAGGACAGGAAUUAGAAGGGUACUUCCGGUUAGAUUCACCAGCUACACCGGAUGUUAUUAGAAUGACGUGUCAGGACCAGUUUACUAAACAGGUGCGUAGUCUCUUAUUCACCCCUCCCGUUGCAAUAGAAAUUUAA